GGGAGGGGGUGGGGGCGGCGGGGCGGGGGCGGGGCCGCGGCCGGUCGCCCGGACAACCGCGACAAGAUGGCGACGCUGCCGAGCGGGCUGCUGGGGCCCGAGCCCGGGCUGCUGAGCCCGGAGCAGCUGGAGAAGUUGCGAGUCUUCAAGAUUGAGACUCGGAUUGCCAACGAGAAGUACCUGAGGGCCCACAAAGAAGUGGAGUUUCUCAUCAGUGGUUUCUUAAGGAAAAUAAAGAAUCUUUAUAUUCCUAUCCUGGGGAGUUUGCAGUCCAAGUUAGGAGUGGUUCCAGCGGAGAAAUUGAGGAUGGACGUUAAAAGCCUGAAUUAAAUCACCAUUUGCAUUAUUCACAAACACCUGGGGUGGUGAAUGAGGAGGGUGUUGUUGCUUUUUCAGGAGGAGACCGGUGUCUGGGCCUGGCUGCUGCUGGACACCCUCUGACCCCUUCCCCUUCCUUCCUUGCCCCCCCCAGGCCAGGCAGGCCUCCAUGCUUUCCCUUCUGGAGUCCCUGAAGUACCCCACUUGGAGCCCUCCUGGCCCCUUUGGGCCUUUCUUUUCCGGGGUGGAGCUGGGGAGACAGGUAGCAUUUGAAGUUUGAGGGUUUCCCUGUGUGUGUUUGCUGCUGGUGGUGUUUCCUGUGCCUGUUCCAGAAUGAGCCAGAGUCAGCCACACAUCUGAACCCGAUGCUUCACGUGAUCCUUCCUGUGAGAAAGGAGGCAGGGGCAAAGAGGACCGAGUCCCAAGCACUGUGCCUGUGCUUUGGUUUUUGAUUUUAUAAGAUUCAUUCAUUUUUUGAAAAGCAGAAUUACAGAGAGAGACAGAGACAGAGAGAGAAUCUUGCUUCUACUGGUUCACUCUCCAGAUGGCCUCAAGGACCAGGGCUUGAAGCCAGGAGCCUGGAACUCCAUUUGGAUCUCCUUCAAGGAUGACAGGGGCCCAAGCACUUGGGCCAUCUUCUACUGCUUUCCCAGUUAGCAGGGAGCUGGAUGGGAAGUGGAGCAGCUGGGACUUGAACUGGCGCCCAUAUGGGAUGCUGGCGUUGCAGGCAGGGGCUUAACCUGCUGCACCACGGCGAGAGUGGUUUUCAGUUCUGCAGGGCUCUGCUCAUGACUCACACGGAGCCCAGAGACACACUCAGCUUUGCUUCAGGAAGUGAACUUCCCACGUGGGUUUUCUGGAUCCUAAUGGUUUGUGACCGUUCAGCUAUAGCUGUCCAGCCUGUAUUCAUAAACAAUGCACAGAGCUCCUACUACCUUGAAUUUUGGACCUGAAGAAUGGGAAAAGUCACAAUCCAUUUUAGGCACCUAGAAACGUUUCGGGGUGCAGAUGUGGUAGCUGGGUGUGAGCCUGUGGAAAGACUCGAUUAGAUGUUUCCGCAGGUUCCCAGGCGCACGAACCUUCCCCAGACCCAGCACCGAUCACAUGAGUCCUUGGCCAGAGUCUUCGGUGGCUGCACAGCCACCACCUCUCUUGGUUUGUUUUUAGCAUCUCUUGAGACAUAAUGUACAGAAAAGUGACAUAUCCCAAGCUGGGUGGACUUCCACGCCUGACUUGUGGGUGGUCCCUUCCGGUGGGGCCCCCCAAAACCAACCCUAGGUCUCCUGACUUCUCCACUGCAGGCUCGUCUUGCCUUUUAACGUAACUGGCAGUCUACAGUAUGCACUCGUUUGUGCUUGGCUUCCGCUCAGUAUCCGGAAGACCUUACUCCUGUACAGUGUCCCACUGUGUGACUGCAGCACAUUCACAUACGCAUUCCUGCCGUCUUUGGAGCUGAGGACAAGCGUCUGUCCCGGCAUUCAAGGCCCUGCCUAACACAGCUUCCUUUGCUCCCUGUUCCUUCCUGCACACGCCCUUGACUCCUGCCAGGCUGCACUUGGAUCAUCCCACCGACCAUUCCUUGAGCGCUCUCAUGGAUGCUGUGGGUACAAGGGUGGCUACAAGCCCGUUCUAACCCUCAAGCAAGGCGCAGUUUGUAGAGCCUGCGUGGCUUCCUUCCUGCGGGGCCCCUCAGCCCUUGUCUUGCCUGUGGAAGCCCCUGUGCCUCUGCGUGCCUUGCUGACGCCAGCCGUGCUCUUCUCCUUGGCUGUACCUUCUUUGAGAUCAGCCUAUAUUUUAUCUUAAAAAAAAAUCAAUCCCUCAUAUGUAAUGCAGUUUCUUUUUUAAAGAUUUUAUUUAUUUGAGAGGCAGAGUUAACAGAGAGAGGGGGAAGCAGAGAAAGAGAGAGGUCUUCCAUCCGAUGGUUCACUUCCCAAAUGGCUGCAACAGCUGGAGCUGAGCCAAUCUGAAGCCAGGAGCCAGGAGCUUCUGGGUCUCCCAUGUGGAUGCAAGGACUCAAGCACUUGGGCUAUCCUCUACUGCUUUUCCAAGGCCAUAGCAGAGAGCUGGAUCGGAAGCGGGGCAGCUGGGACACAAACCAGCACCCAUAUGGGAUGCUGGUACCACAGGUGGAGGCUUAGCCCACUACCCCACAGAGCUGGCCCCAUAAAUUAUUUAUACAUAACUUGUGCUUGAUAAUUAUCAGCUUGAAUCAAAGGAGAAGGGGAGCAAAACUUUUUUUUUUUAAGAUGUAUUUAUUUAUUUGAAAGAGUUACAGAGAGAAGGAGAGGCAGGAAGAGAGAGAGAGGUCUUCCAUCCGCUGCUUCACUCCCCAAUUGGCUGCAAUGGCCAGAUCUGUGCCAAUUCGAAGCCAGGGGUCAGGAGCUUCUUCUAGGUCUCCCACACGGCUGCAGGGACCCAAGGACUUGGGCCAUCUUCUACUGCUUUCCCAGGCCAUAGCCAGGAUCUGGAUUGGAAGUGGAGCAGCUGGGACUUGAACGGGUGCCUAUAUGGGAUGCCUUACCUGCUAUGCCACAGCGCCAGCCCCAGCAAAAGUUUUAUUUUAAAAGAUUUUAUUUGAGAGGCAAAGUUACAGAGAAAGAGAGAGAGACAGGUCUUCCAUUUGCUGGUUCACUCCCCAGAUGGUUGCAAUGGCUAGAGCUGAGCUGAUCCGAAGCCAAGAGCCAGGAGCUUCUUCUGGGUCUCCUAUGUGGGUGCAGGGGCCCAAGGACUUGGACCAUCUUCUACUGCUUUCCCAGGCCGUAGCAGAGAGCUGGAUCAGAAAUGGAGCAGCUGGGAUAUGAACCGGCGCCCAUAUGGGAUGCUGGUGCCGCUGGUAGAAGCUUAGCCCACUAUGCCACAGUGCUGGACCCAAGCAAAAUUCUUAAAGGCUGGGGGUAGGGGCUUCCUGGAGGGUCAGCCUUGGCCAAGAGCACAAGAAAGUGGGGCCGUUGGGGUGGGGCAGCCCAUAGCCAAGGGACAGAGAGCAGAGACCGCCGCCUUUGCAGGCCCGAGUUCUGGGCCCGCUCUCUGUUUACUGUCUUUAUGAACUUGGGCAAAUGAUUAACCUUCGAAGGUUAGGUUUCUUCAUUUGUGAAAUGGGGACAUUACCUGGACAGCGUUUAUGAACAUAGUUUAUGAACCAUAAAGUUCUAUGCGGUAUAAGAGCAUAGUUCGGUUCCCAGGGCUUUGGGACUGCAGGUGUUACCAAGGUGUCCAUCCUCUGUGCCCUUGGAAGCCAUCUUUUCUGUCGGCCCAGCCGCCCUCGCGUGGGAAUUCCUGCCUGCGCCUCCUCAGGACACCACAGGGUUGUGGGGUCUGUCCCGCUGCGUGUGAGCACCGUGCCCAGGCACGUGCCUCUUCAUCUGUGCUUCCCACCCUGGACGUGGUUCUGUGAAAACGCUGCCCCCAGCCUGUUAGUGAUGAGGCCAGUGUCCUAGCUUGAUUGCCACUUAGGGCGUUUUGCGCCUUGCCUGACAUCCCAAGUUGGAGGAACAUGGCCGUUGAAAGGGGCUGGGCCAUCAGAUGUGGGCUGUGUGUUGGCUCCCAAGGUGGCUGUGGCUCGGGCUGAUCAGCCACGGGCCUUAACGCCCACUCUCCCUCCCGCCCUGUCCCUGAAUGUG